ACUUAUAUAGAGACUGCCCGCGCUGUUCGACGGUCGAGUCGCUGUUUGUUGGUUUAUCGUGCGUGACGUGCGAAGCUUCGACACCGAUCCAACACGAACAUGAUGACGACGACGCCGCGCGCCGUGCUGGCGACGCUGCUGCUGCUGGCGGCCCAGGCGCGCCCCGGCUCGCCGCAGUGCCUCACGCUCGACGACUCGCGCCAGCCCUCCAACCCGGACGCCCGCGCCGCGCUGUCCAGGGGCCAGCAGGCCUUCAGCCUGGACCUCAUGCGCACCGUCAGCAAGGCCAGCAAGGACAACAUGUUCUUCUCGCCGUCCAGCAUAUACAACGCGCUGCUGCUGCCCUACUUCGGCGCGGCCAACCAGACGGAGAAGUCGCUCCGGCAGAUCCUCAGGAUCCCCGACUCCCAGGACAAGCUGAGCAUCAUGCAGGCGUACCGGCUGGAGAAGUUCUUCCAGGCCAUGCGCGCGACCAACGGCUCUGACAGCUACGAGCUGCGCUCGCCGAGCCGCGUGUUCGCGUCCAGCGGUCUGCGCCUGCGCCAGUGCAUGCUGCAGCUGUUCGAGGACGACCUGGUGCGCGUGGACUUCGCCGCCGACCCGGGCGCCGCGAGGCUGCAGGUCAACUCGUGGGUGGAGGCGCAGACCCGCGGCAACAUCAAGGACCUGCUGCAGCAGGGCGCCGUAACGCCGUCCACGGAGCUCGUGCUGGUUAACGCUGCCUACUUCAAGGGCCUGUGGCAGGCUCAGUUCUUGCCUGAGAACACUCGCAAGGAGGUCUUCUUCAUCUCGCCCUCAGAGAAGACCCUGGUGUCCAUGAUGAAGCAGAAGGGAGUGUUCAAUCAUUUGGUGUCGGAGCGACUGGGCGCCUACAUCCUGGAGCUGCCCUACAAGGGCAAGGACGUGUCCAUGUUCGUGUUCCUGCCGCCCUUCAUGAAGAGCGACGCCGUGGACUCGCUGAUCCAGCGCCUGGACGCCGACGCCUUGGCCGAGGUCGUGUCGGAGGACGGACUCCAGGCGCAGGAGAUGGAGGUGGCCCUGCCGCGCUUCUCCGCGGAGCAGGAGUUGGAGUUGUCGCCGAUCCUAGAGAAGAUGGGCGUGGGCGACCUGUUCAAGCCGACGGCCGACCUGUCGGGGCUGACGGAGGGCCAGGGGGUGCAGCUGAACGAGGCAGUGCACAAGGCGCGGAUCGACGUGGACGAGAAGGGCACCGAGGCGGCGGCCGCCACGGCGCUGCUCUUCUACCGCUCCUCCCGCCCGCUCAAGCUCACGCACUUCGUGUGCAACCACCCGUUCGUGUACCUGCUGUUCGACCGCGUGUCGCAGACGGUGCUGUUCUCCGGCGUGUACCGGCGCCCCAACUAGUCCCGCGCCUGUCUCUCUCAUCCCCUAUUUAUUCAUCGUAGCGCAGGAGGCCGUGUCGUAGCUCGGCCUCCGGGUCGUAGCCGCUCUGAGGGCGAAGGCGUCGCCGAAGUCCCGGUCGAAGUUACACUCGCCAUCGUCAGGAAACAACGUGGGGUCGUCGGCGAUAGUCAGAGACCCGGAUAUUUCGCGGAUUCUUCUGGCCUCCGGAUAGAAUUCAAAGUUACAGGUGUGCUCGACCCAUGUUUACUUUCCCCAUUGGUUGAUUUCUUAGCGAGAACAAUUUUAUCCUUGUUAUUUGGCACUACCUGAUUCGCUUACUUCUCUCCUAGCUGGGCAUCAUUGGCUCACGGUCGUAGAGGGGCGUGUCCAGAUAACUGCGUGCCAAUCAUGGACACAGUGCGAGAGUGUGCAUUCUAGCUUGAGACUAAAUGAAUCCGCCAAAUUUCCGGGUCUCUAGUGAUAGCCUUCCCCUUCGAAGCCAAGCCUCUCCGGACAGCGGCCGCGGAAAGCUCGCGGUCUUUCGUCCACGGACAGCCCACGCUUCGCAGGGAUGAAAGCCACAAACCACAGCCCAAGGACAGUUCCCGAAGUUUCCGCCGGAGUAGAAGGUUAGGUUCGGUCGGAUUAUUCCGACCUUACGGCCGGCGUUCUCACAUUCCCCAACCCACAUAUGGCGCCCCAAUAGGGCGGGAGUAGCAUUCCAGUUAGUUUUACAUACAUUCCAGAGUGUAAUAAAUAACCAUGGCGUUUGGAACUGUCAGGAGAUGGCGAGCUGUGACGUAGGGGAAGUCUCUUUGCUACUUCCUAACCUCGCCAUCGCAAUAUUGUCACCCCCAAAACAUGUGGUGAAUGUUGCUUAAUCGCGUCUGAUGAUAGUAAGAAUAAAAUUGUAAUCUCCAUCGUUUAAAACUGUCUACACUAUGAACAAACUACACUUCAGUCAAUGUUUGGACGUCUAACCAAUAAUACGCAACAGUUAGAUGAAUGAAAAAUAAAACGGCUUCACACACCAUGUAAGCAUGCACACGAAUCCCCCCCCCCCUUGUAAAACAUAGUUCGUUAUUUUUUUUUCGGAAGAGAAGGUUAGGUUAUGCCAGGUUGUCGCAACUUAAAUGAAAGGUUGGUUAGGUUAUCGUUAUUUAAAAUACUCUAUGUACCGUAAAAUAUAUAAAUCCUUGCAAUAUGGUGUUGGGCGAGGCUCUCAUCGCUGUGAACUGUGGGCUUCCCGUUGUUCAUGCUUCGUGUCUAUGUAUACCGGGAAAAUUCGCGGCCUUCCAAGUAAGGGAGUUGGUGUGUAUAAUUUUUGCCAUGUUAAUACUUUAAGUCGAAAUGAGAACAUCCCACCACCUCCCUUUUCUAUGUGCAUAUAAAAAAAAUUGUUAUAAUGAAGUUAUAAUAUAAUUUCUGGCAGAAGUUCUGGUAUUAUGUUUGUGAAGCAAUAUUCAUUACAUGAUAGAAUCCUUACUAUUACCACUAGCGAGUAAGAACUCAAGCUGCUAUUAACCAAAUUUAUAGCAUAUAAGUCUUUAUACAGCUUCAAUUUGUUUUUAUAUCCAAUUGAUAACCAGUUGACUUCAAGUUCAGAACAGACACCCACUGCGUAGACAUUUCCAAAAUAGGGUACGUUUUUGCCGGAACAACAAAUUUGUCUAUGCUGAAACAAAAAACCUCUAAUUGAUUCAAACAAAAAAUUUUUUGUGCAGUAAGAAAGAGUUUGUUGACUUAAUAAAAAUGGUUUCGAAUCCUCAACUGUAUGUUUUGUUAUGUUUACAAAAUCAGUUUUGUUAAACAAAAAAAAUCUUCUUAGGCCAACACAAUAUAUUUUGUUCUCCUGUAAUUUCUUGCUGCAUCUGCCGUCGGCUCACGUACUGUAUACGCGAGUGAAUUCGGGAGCCGAUGGUAAGUACUCACUCGAAGCAGUGUCAAAUAAGAACGCUUUCACGUGCUGAGAUGUCUUGCAAGUCGGCAGCCGAUGAACAGGUGACAUUAUCCGGAGUCCAUCCUGGAGGUCACUGGCCGGUGAAGUUCACCAGUUCCCCCACUCACGUCACAAAAGAUCAUCCAAACUCAAGACAUAUUCCCAGUGAUAUAAAUUUUCGAAUUUUCGGUCUACUGCCUGUCGGCCUAGUGCCUGUCGGCCUAGUGCUUGUUGCCAGAGUUAAGACAUAUUCCCAGUGAUAUAAAUUUUCAAAUUUUCGGCCAAGUGCCUGUCGGCAAAGUGCCUUUCGGCCUAGUGCCUUCGGCCUAGUGAUUUUCGGCCUACUGCCGCGGCCCCUUCAGACUCAAAAACGCUCCCAUGCGAACAACUAAUACGCGCGUCACACUUCUGAACAUCGCGCAUAACCAACGCAGUAGCCAACAUUGGUUCACUACGUGGAAAUAUUUUGUUAUUAUUUACUGAAAAUAAUUCAGGAUAUUUCAUUCAUUUCUUUUUGCAUCUGCUUUGGUUGAUGAUUUGAAGAAAACCCAAUUUGUUUGAAAAGAAACUAAAAAUCGCCCAAAAAAUAAAAGCCAGAAUCUCUACACUAACAUACUUUUUUUUACAGACAUUGAUGGUGAUUUUUAACUCUUUCAAACAGCAUAAAAAACUUGGAAUUAAGCAUAGUUCUCAUUUUCAAGGUGCACUAACACCCUGACAGAAGUUUUAUAUUUGAAUUAAAGUGAAAUAAUUGUAAUUUUCAAACGUACGUCUUAAGUGACGGUACAUGGGAAGGUCCAUGCAGCAAGGCAAUGAGUGAUGGAUAGUUCAAAAACCUUACUUUAAUUCACAUUAAUAUUCAUGAGCUCUGAUUUGGCACCAAUGGGCUUGGAACCUAUUUUAAGUUUUUUUUACCUUUACAUCUAACAACAAACAAGCCUACUUGUAUCAUUUGGAAUUGAAACGACCUCUAAAUAUUCCAAGUUUGACAUUGUCUAAAUGUUUUCAGUCAAUAUAGGGUUUGAUGUCACAGGAUUAUGCACAGUCUUUAAGACUUGAGCCAGGGCAGGGUGUUAGGAAUGAAUCCACGUCAACUACCACUUAAACUAUACGCCUUAACAAUCACAGUCCUUCCUCACGGUGCCAUUUGAUGAGGAACUUUAGUUUAAAAUAUUAUGUUAUGACUUCUUUUCGUAAACCAUCUAUGAUCUUAUAUAAAAAAUCCAGAUAUCUCUGCUACACUAAAUGAUUUAUUUAUGUGUGUCUUCUAAAAAUUUCAUAUUGAACGAAGAAUUGAGUUAUGCAGUGUACUUUGGGGAGCUGUUAAGUGAUUUUGUUUAUAAAAUAACAAUAAUUUACUUAACAAUAUGUCUUCAAAAUUGUGUUUAAUUUAAUAAUUGUGGAUUCCGUGUUACCUAUCGCUGAGGGAACAAUGUGUCUGUUGAGGAGUUAUGUGGGAACGAGGUGAUUUUCAUUUAAUUCAUUUUAGUGAUACAUGCCAUAAAAUAGUCAAUAAUAAAGUAUAUGUACAAGACACUGAAUUAAUAUAUUUGUGACAAUUUAUACAUGCUUUUUCAGUCGUUGAAAUUGAACUAAAAUAUUUGAUUAAUUAUGGAAAUAUCUAAUGUAUUCUUGCCUGACAUAUAGUUAAGGCUUGAGUGGAUUUAAAUAAUGGAAAUUUAUCAGCUCUUGUGUGAAUAAGUAUUCAUGAAUAUAUACUAUAGGGAAUAAAAAUAAAAUAUUCAAUAUACAUAGACACAUAUAUUUUUUUAAAUAUUAAAAGUUUUAUCAUGGAAUACGUAAAUGCAAGUGAAGACAGCUUACUUUAAAGUUAAAUGCCAGACUCUCAACCUAAUAUUGUGCUGAUUUCUCGGUUUUAGCAUGCUAAACAAGUAGGAAGUCGGGAAUUGAUAUUCAAAGUUUUUGAAUAUAAUAUAGAGAAAAUAUAUUAAAACAUUGAAUUAAGUAUUAAAAAUUUCAUUUAAUAUAUUGUACAUAGAAAAAAUUACUUUGGAGAAGGAAGCAUUGCUAAUACCUGUAGUAAUAAAAUGUAUUCUAUAGUAAUUGUAAAAUAAGUCAUUUGUCAAUAAAUAAUAAUUAUUGAUAAUUUUUGGUACACAGUACAAUUAGGUUGUCUUGUCAUAAUGUGUAUCUUAUAAAAUAAUUUUAGUUAUUAUUGUAAUUUAUUGCACCUGAAGAGUAAAUUAAAUUAUUGUUUUAUUUUCUCAAAGAGUGGGAUACGAUGUUGAAAACUGUAAACUGUUACAAAAAUAAAUUUUUAUUUAGUAAUUUGAUUUUUACUAUGACAUUGUGACCUGCUAUUUACUUUCAUGUUUUGGGUAAAGUUAAACAUUUAUAACCAUUAAAGGUUUAUGAAUACUAUGAUUCACAAAUUUGUUGUCAUAAAAUACAAUAUGUGUUCAAUGUUAACCAUGUACAUUGUACAAUUUAUAAAUACCUAUAUUCUAAAGACCCACUGCAACUUUUACAGUACUUAAAAAUAUAUGUAGUAUGUUGACAUCUGACAAGACUUGGACUGUUCAAAAAAUAUACUAGGAACCAAUUUUAUAUAUAUAUAUAUAUAUGUGUGUGUGUGUGUGUGUGUUUUUACAAACACAGUUGUUAACUAGCUUGAAAGUUCACUGUCGUCCAACGACCUAGAACCUUUCGGUUAUGUGAGUGAAGACAAAAAUUCAGUUUCAAGAGGAUUUCAUUAGCUGACAAUCACUCAGUUGCUUUAAUAAGCAAUUAUUACAGAAGGGAUCUGUACAUGGCUUUAAACUGCCACAACAGUCGACUCGGAAACGUUUGAAUGAUAGAAUAUGCUAAAAUACUAAAUUUGAUGCCAGCAGCUAUGUGAAAGUUUUGUAACGAGGAGGCAGGUUAGUGGGGCAGGCAGCGGCAGAUGUGUGUGACGAAGAAGAUGUUUCCAUAGGGGAGAAGAUCGCGUCUCCGGACAAAACAAGGGCGGGGCCUUGCCGGGAGGGUGGCUACCCCCUCCACCGCUGUUACCCCCUCUCUUCCCCACUUGUUGUCCCCUACCCGGUUAGACCACACGCUACGCAGAGGACAUCCCGCAGAGCUGGCGCGCGCUCAUUUAAGCCAACCCAGCCCACACGAUGUCCAUUUCCUGCUACGACUUCUGUUGCACCCGUGGGUACGGAAAAUGUGCAUAGAAGUUUGUGUGGCAGAAGAGAAGAGAAGAAAAAAAAUUCUUAACUCCAUAUACACCACACGUGUAGAAUGUUAACACAAACCAAGCCAAAGCAGUCGCCGACCAAAGAAAGUAUAUCGGGGAAGGACACACAUGUUGUCAAUUUAAGAAAACACUGAAAAAAAAAAUUGAAAAUUGCAGCUGUUUGUGUGAAAAAUUUAUGUGACCUGGCGUGAAUGAUAUAUUUUCGAAUAUUUUAUCUUCUAUAUUUCAUAUGCAAAAAAAAAAUAGCAACGUUGGUUCAGUACAAAUACAGAGCAAUUUUGAAAUUAACGAGAUUGUAUUUUUCAUUGUUAGGUUAGUUUAAAAAUCUAGUAAUAUAAAAUUUAAAGGAUACAAGGGAAAUUAGUCUAUGGAAUGGUUGUCUGUUCUGAAGUACCCUACCUGUUAUAGUCGAUUUAUAAAGGCUAAUAUGCUAUAAAUUUGUUUAAAAGUUUGAAAAGAAUUCUCUAGGAAGAAUCGAAAAUAUGCGAUCAUGUAACGAAUAUUGCUAAAGGAACAUAAUACCAACACAUCUGUAAGAAAUGAUGGUUAAAUUUCAUUAUAACAAAAAAAUUGUUUUGCUAUGCAGAAUCAAUAAAAGGGGUUAGAGGUGGUUCUCAUUUUGACUUCAAGUUAUAAAUUGCCAAGACUUAAUACACCAACUCCCUUACUUCUAGCCUUCAUAUCUAAAACACGAGGAGGUUCACUGUUUAGGUGAGAUUUCGAUAAUACUAACCCUUAAGGCAAAAAAUUAGGUGGCGCGCGAGUAGUAUCGGAUCAUUACCAUUAAGUACUUUAUGUCAGUUCCUCUUUGUAUGGUCCGAAUAAUAAUGGUGGCGUGCGAGUCGAGAGAGACAUAGAUAUAGAGGAAGCGAGAGAAAUAUAGGCAGAGAGUGACGGAGUGAGAUAGAGAGGGAUAGAUAUAGAGUGAUAGAGAAAUACAGAGUGAUGGAGAUAUAUAGCUAUAAGAUAUACAGAUAAAUAAAGAGCUGGAUAUAUAUAUAUAUAUAUAUAUAUAUAUAUAUAUAGAGUGAUAUAUAGAUAUAGAUUAAGACAUAUAUUCACAUAGAGGAGAUAUAUAUUCAAAAAGAUAAAAAUUAAGGGGUAGAGAUAUAGAGAAUUAUACAGCUAUAUUUGUAUGGAGAUAGACAGAUGUAAAGAGAUAUAAAUAUGUAUAUAUAUAUAGAGAUAAGGAGAUUGAGAUAUAUGGAAUGAGAUGAAGAGAUUAAUAUAAAGUUAUAUUAAGAGAUGUACAGAGUACAGAGAGAUAAAGAGAAAUAUAUAGAGAAAGAUGCUUUGUAUGUGUGUACAAACUAAAAAAAUAUUACAAAGAGGCAUGGCAACGCAUGCCUGGCAUUAGCUAGUAUAUCAUAUUGCAUUAAUCAGACAGUUCAUUUAGCUAAAUGACAUAAUUGAUUGUGCCAAUUUCAUUGUAAUAGUAAGAUAUGCUACUGAUUCACAUAUUUUAUGUAUGUUACUUGAAUACUAACAUUUUUUACUAUUUACUUUGAGAAACUGUAACGAACAAAUUUUGUUAACAAGUGAAACAAAGAAAAAUAAUAAAAUUAAAUCUAAAGUGAAGGAAAACCAUUUUGCAUUUUCAUUUAAGCUAACAUUCGUGGUUUUCUAUUUAGUGUUAGUUAAUUCAUUAAUAAUUUAUGGACAGUCGUUUCCUUACAAACGUUGCGUUUUAAUUAGAGUAUUAUUAUUUUUUUGUUUCAAUUACUUCUGAACAUAUAAUUUUAUUUUAUUUUAAGUAAAAAUAAAUCUACCUAGUAUGAAACAGCAAAACCAAUGGUAUGAGCUAUGUAUGUAAUAAUAUUAUAACAAUAAGAUAAAAUGUAUUGAUACAUAGUUUCUUAAAGCACAUGUAUAAUCCAGUAAUCUGUUAUUAAUUUUUUUUGCAGUAACGAGGUUUUGAACCAGAUCAAAAACAAAUCCUCAGACACUACCAACGCGCGCUAAAUCACUUCGCUACCGAAACUUACAUGCUUGGAGGUGGAAAUAGGGGUAAUACCAUGUAAUGCAUUUGCAUUACGUAGGUAUUUUAAAACUUGCGAUUAAUUCUUUCUACGGUUAUUUUAGUUUACCAAAUAGAUUCCAGAGUAGUUUUACUAUUAUAAAUUUUCAUAAAAAUCGGUUAACUAGUUUUUACGUGAUACCCGAACAAAAUGUGUGUAUAAUAUAUAGUGUAAAUAUGUUCUAGGUAUAGACUGAAAACAAAAACAUUGAGCCAAAAGAGGCCUCAAAAACAUUGCUAAAGGUUUUUUUUUUAAUUUCCUUUAAUUUAAAUAUUGUUUUACUAUAACCAUAUCAGAAAUGUAUAUAUAUCAACUAAAUUAGGUAAAAGAGCACUGAGUGCUGGAAUGCCAUGUUGCAAUAACAAGAUCUGUAAAGUGUAAAAAAAAAGUGUGUCAAUAAAAACCUAUUGAAUUGAAUUGAACUGAACAAACGUAACGGUCGCACCAAGCGAUAGCGCGUAUCAAAUUCAAGGCAACACCAUCUAUUAUGUAAUUAGUUAUAACUAAACUGUUAUUAGCGCCGUUUGUUCGCUAGCCACCGCUAGCUCCACUAAGCGGACGGGUCUCGCCAAGAAGUGGAAAAAAAAGUGGUCUUAUUGUAUAUCCGACUCACGU